AUGUCAGUAAAACGCAAUCUGCUUGCAAAAUUAGAAACUCAAAAAUAUCCAUUAUUUCUUAAUCUGACGUUUUCUUUUCCAAAAAUGAUAACUACACCGACAAAUUCAUAUCCAAUAUUUCAACAACGAACAGCUACAACAGCUGCGCCACCAAUUCCAUCUAUCUAUCAGCAUGCGUAUAAAAGUUUAAUAAUAACGAAUACGGUGGUAGGUGCAUUUUCGAUUAUUCUUAUGAUUACAUUAACUGGAUUUUUAAUAUUUUUACUUCUAUCAACAAAUCGACGACGAUGGCAAGCAAAACGAGAAAUACAUACAGAUCUAUUACCGUCUUUUAAUGCUAAUACUCAAUUCAUGGGACAUCGAUUGAAUCCACUUUAUGACCCUUCGCAAUUUGGUACAACCGUUUUUCAUCAAACACACGCAUUACUUCACCCCUUUUGGACGCCUUCAUCACCACCUCCAGCUGCUCAUACCACACCGAAUCAAACAAUCAAAAAAUAG